UUUACAUAUCUUGAUAAUCUUUUAAGCACUAAAAGAAAACAGUUUCAUAAAACAAAAAUUAAAAAGAGGAAAAAAGUACUUACUAGUCCUCACAAAAGAGAGAAUAUAGUCAAACUUAUAAUUUAGUAGUUUAGUCUAUACUAGUCAAAAGGAAAAACACUUGAACAAGAAAAGAAAAAAGCAAAUAAUUAAAAGAUUCGACCGUUUAACCAAAACACAAGCCAAGCACACACACUCUUGAGUCUUGGACAAUCAACACUCCCUUCUCUAUAUAUACAUGCAUGCAUACAGACGCAUACUCACUCAUAAAUAUUAAAAAAAAUAUACAACAAUAAACUCCGGCUAUGUCGUCCACGGCGAGAAAUGUUUCCGGCAGCGGGAACCGAAAGUCGAGUAGGCUGCAGCGGCGGGCUCCACCGCCUCUUAAGAUAAACCCUUCCGAAGCGAAUUGGAAAGUGGCUAUUCCUUUUCUAUCACCUACGGAGUCGCCGCCACAGAAGCCACCGGCGGUAAUGAAGAGGGAGGAGCAGCGGUGGGGAAAAGAGGCGGAGAAGCCGCCGGUUUUCAAGAAGUGGCAGCACCCUGCGGCUCCGUUUUACUAUCAGCCAGCGCCGUCAUCGAAUCAGCCGUUUGGAUGGCCAAAUUAACGGUCUCUUUAAUACUAGGUCUAGCACACAAAUACAUAGAUAUUUGCAUGCUUUUAAUAUGCCGAUCAUAUGGAUAAAAGCAUAUUUUAUUUAUAUUUAACAUGCUAUUAUGUAUCAUCUUUGUGCAAUAUGUAUGUUGGGUUUGAUGUUGUUAUUUCCUUCAUGUAACCAUGAAUUAUUAACUAGUUACCUAAUAUAUAUAGUGUAUUAUUUCGUAUACUGUGUAAUUUUGAAGACAUUUAAGAAUAAGCUAGAUCGCCGUAUAAUUUA